AUGAAGACCGCCGUGGCUCUCUUGGGCGCUGCGACCAUUUGCACCGCAUCCAUCAACAAUACAGAGGAAGGUCUCAUCACCAACGGACUCGUCUCUCUUGGAGAUUGGCAGACAGCCUUCACUAAAGCUCAGAACUUCGUCUCGCAGCUUACAACUGAGGAAAAGAUCACGAUCAUCGGAGCUGGAUCUCUGACGAACGGUUCUGCCAACUGGACAGCUCUUACUCAGUCUGAUGGACCUCAAGGAGCAGAGAACUUCUAUUACGAAAGCGCGUUCUCCAUGACUUGUGCGCUAGCCAUGACUUGGGAUAAGGAUGCUAUCUACAAGCAAGGUAAAGCUGUAGCUACCGAAUUCUAUCAGAAGGGCUUGCAACUGUUGGCUGGACCUGUCUCCAACCCUAUGGGUAGAACGGCUUGGGGUGGUCGGAAUGGCGAGUCCUUUGGACCUGACAGCUACUUCAAUGGAAUCCUCGGUGGUAUCAGCGCCAAAGCCUAUCAAGCUGGUGGUGUCAUCGCAGGUGGCAAGCAUUUCAUUCUCUACGAGCAAGAGACCAACCGUAGCUCUUCAAGCGGAGGUGGUGGCGGUGGUCUGGGCGGAGGUAUGGGCAGUGGCUCUAUGGGGCCAGGCAACAACUCUAUGGGUUCUAUGCCCUCCGGUUCCGCCCCUGCAGGCUCUACUCCAUCUGGCAAUGCUUUGAGAGUACGAGCAGACAACUCCUCCACGACCGAGUUUGCCGAAUCUUCGGCCGAGACUGCCCCUUACUCGUCCAACAUCGAUGAUAAGACGUUCAGAGAGACUUAUCUCUGGCCUUGGUACGACAUCAUUAAGGCUGGAACUGGUGCGGUGAUGUGCGCAAUGAUCGAAGUCAAUGGUUCUGCGGCUUGCGAAGACAAGUCUCUUCUCAUGGGUACCCUGAAGACCGAUCUUGGCUUCCCAGGAUUUGUGUUCCCCGAUACCAUGGCUCAAAAGACAGCAUUGGGCUCCAUCUCUGGUGGGCUAGACUAUGGCUCCAGCAGCACCUGGUCCACAUCAACUGUCGAGGCCUUCCUAAACAACGGUUCUCUUACAGAGGCACGUCUUAACGAUAUGGUCAUUCGUAAUGUGAUCGGCUAUUAUAAAGCCAACAUGGAUAAUGGAGAGCAACCAUCGAAGGCAGGAUAUGAUGACUAUGUUGACACUAUGUCCAAUCAUGCUGAUAUCAUCCGAGAGAAUGGUGCCAAGUCAAUCGUUCUUCUCAAGAACGAAGGCGGUCUUCCUCUGCAUAAGCCUAGAAGAAUGACACUCUUCGGUGCCAAUGCCGGACCAGUAAUGGGAGGACCGAACAUGCAGUUCACAGUUCAAGGCUCGGGGCCUACCUAUGAUGGCCAUCUUGCCAGCGACUCCGGCUCUGCUCAAUCUUCGUUGCCUUAUCUCAUCACGCCUGAGGCGGCUAUCACACUGAGAGCAUCAAAAGAGCAUACCAACGUUAAGUGGAUUCUGAACGACACCUAUACUGCUAGCAGCUCCGGCAACACUCUGGUCACCCUUUCAUCCUCGGAGACCGCGGUUGAUGCCUCUUACGCAGGCUAUGCAGCUGCGAGUGAUGCAUGCCUUGUUUUCCUGAAUGCUUUGUCUGGUGAAGGAGCCGAUCGUACUGAGCUCUACAACAACGACCAAGACACGAUGGUCAAUAUUGUCGCUGCCAACUGCAACAACACCAUUGUUGUUAUCACCACAACUGGCAUUCGUCUUGUAGAUCAGUGGAUCGAGAACGAGAACAUCACUGCUGUACUCUACUCAGGUCCCCUUGGUCAGGAGAGUGGAAACUCCAUCACUGACGUGCUCUACAGCGAUGUGAACCCGUCAGGCAGACUUAUUCACACGAUUGCAAAGAACGAAAGUGAUUACAAUGUGGACAUUUGCUACACCAAGAAUUGCACCUUUUCCGAAGGCAACUACAUCGAUUACAAGUACUUCGAGCACAGCAACACCACUGCUCGUGUGCGCUAUGCCUUUGGUCAUGGUCUUUCGUACACCUCUUUCCAGUAUAGUGAUCUGAAGACCACCAAGAUCGUGUCCAACCUUUCAUACCACGCCAACGGACCCCUUGAGAUUGGAGGUCGUGCAGACUUGUUUGAUGUUGUCGCAGAGGUUGAUGUCGUUGUUAAAAAUACCGGUUCGCGUGAUGGAGCUGAAGUCCCACAACUUUACAUCGGCUACCCAGAAGAUUCCAAAGCUGACCAGCCCAUCAAGGCACUCCGCGGCUUCGAACGUGUAGAACUUAAGAAGGACGAACAAAGCCAAGUGAGGUUUUCACUUCGCCGUAGGGAUCUUUCGUUCUGGGACGUGAAUGCACAAGAGUGGGCUCUGCCGACUGGCGACUUCAAGGUUUACGUCGGUGCCUCUUCGACAGAUCUUCGACUGACAGGCACGCUUACCAUGUAG